AUGGGGGCAUCAGCGAGCACCUUGUACACCCAGGGCGGAUCCUGGGGCCUGAAAUUCGUCCCUACAUACGAUCUCAUGGAGCAGGUUCAUACGUGCCUGGUGCCCUCGGAGAGAGACUUCUUGCUUGCCUGCCUAGACGAGAUGCACUGCCGGUGCGACUCUCUUCUGCACGGAAGAAAGCAGGUAGCAGCCUUUCACGAGCAGGGCGCAGUGGAAGCCUUGUUGGAGAUGUUGGGCAUGUUCAAACUGGACGAGGUUUUCCUCCGACAAGCCGUGAGGACUCUCAUCCCCCUUUGCGGCCAGGACGACGCGGUCUUGGAUCACUUCUUGGACCUGGGAGGAAGGGUAGCCCUCGAUGAAACGCUGGGGAUGCACACGGAUGACCAUCACAUGUACUGCUCGGCAUGCCGCCCGCUUGUGGACUGCCCCGACUUGUUGGGACCCGCCGGCAAUCGGCUGUCAUCUGACUCCGUUCAGCGGUGCCUUCAAAGAGGCGCCGGGAAACGACUCGUGUACAGGGGCAGCAGCGGGAACGGUCCUAUUGUCGACGAUGUGGAGGACGAGGAUGAGAAUGCUGCGGACCCGACCUCCGACGACCUCGUAAGGAUACGAAGGCUGGUCGAACACAUGGAAAAGUUUCCAAAGACCCUUGACGUGGUCGAGCCUUGCGUCGACGCCCUCAUCGCCGUCGGGAAGUCUGCGGCGACACAGGCCGUGCUGGAGAGUACGUGCGUGUUCAAGCUGGUCAAGGCCAUGAAAACCUUCGCCAACACCCGGUCCCUUCAAUGGAAGGGCCUCUUGGCCAUCAUCCACUUCGCGAAGAAGGACGAGGUGUGCUUCGACCUUGGCAAGGCGGGCGUGAUCCCGCUGCUGGUGGCGAUGUGGCCGCAAUGGGACGACGACGAGAUGCGCCAGCUCCUCCUGUGGGCCUUCAACGAGCUGCGCAUGUCGGUGGAACGGGUCGGCGCCUUGCUCCGAGAAGCGAUGGAGCCGGCCCCGGCGCGCCUUGCCGUGACGGGAGCAAUGGUCACCGCGGAGCAGGUCGGGCACUACUGCGUGCCCGUCAAGCUGAAGAGGCUCUAUCGGGAGCGGAAACUCGGCAGCCCCUUCGCCAAGGGGGACGAGGAAGCGAACAGGGAGAACGAGAAAAACGCCGCUGCUCUCGCCAGACCUCUAACCAAGGCGCAGUUUGGCAAGGCCGGCGAUGGUUGGAAAGAAGGCGAACAUGGGCUGCUUUAA